AAGAAGAGUCAUCCCGUGGAGGAGCGUAGCUGCCGGUUAGCAUCAGGUUAGCAUCAGGCUAACGGUUACCGGGAUGUCUGCGACCUCUAAAGUAGUCCUGGGAGUGUCCGUGGUUCUGACGCUGAGCACCGUGUCCGCCGUGCACCUCAAACAGACCUGGGACCGAGAGCGCCUCGACAGUGUGAUCAGAGAUCUGGAGCGACAGGAGAAGAAGAAGGAGAACCUGAGACUGUUGGAGGAGCAGAGGAGCCUCACUAAACAUCUGGAGGAGGAGAGACAGCGCUCACACACACACU